AUCUUUUUGAUUUCAUUUCCUGAACAAAGCUGAAAAAACAGAAAAAAUGGGCUUUUGUUGUGUAGUAUUGCAGUGAUGACAGUAUAUGAUAUUAUAUAUAUAUAAACAAAAAAUUCCUCCUUUGUCACAUUCAUUUCUUUUCCCACACUUCACCUCAUUUUUCUUUUAUCAUUCUCAAAAAAAUUUUCUUAGCUUUUUUCUCUAAUGGCAGCUAACUCAGUUUCCCACUGUUUUUCUCUAAGCAUUAUAAUGUUAUUUCUUUAUCUUCAGCUUAUUCAUUGUAAUGUUACUUAUGAUAGAAAAGCAAUUGCAAUUGAUGGUCAAAAAAGAAUUCUCUUUGCAGGUUCUAUACAUUAUCCUAGAAGCACCCCCGAGAUGUGGGAAGGUCUUAUACAAAAAGCUAAAAAUGGUGGCUUGGAUGUUAUUGAUACUUAUGUCUUUUGGAACCUUCAUGAACCUUCUCCUGGCAAUUAUAAUUUUGAAGGGAGAUAUGAUUUGGUUAAGUUCAUCAAAUUGGUUAAAAAAGCUGGUUUAUAUGUUCAUCUUCGCAUUGGACCUUAUAUUUGUGGAGAAUGGAACUUUGGGGGUUUUCCUGUUUGGUUGAAAUAUGUUCCUGGAAUUAGUUUCAGAACAGAUAAUGAGCCUUUUAAGAAAGCAAUGGCAAAAUUCACUCAGAAAAUAGUUCAAAUGAUGAAGGAUGAAAACUUGUUUGAGUCUCAAGGUGGCCCCAUCAUCCUCUCUCAGAUUGAAAAUGAAUAUGAACCAGAAAGCAAGUUAUAUGGACCUGCUGGUAAAGCUUAUGUGAAAUGGGCUGCAAAAAUGGCUGUUGGGCUAAACACUGGGGUUCCAUGGGUUAUGUGCAAGGAAUAUGAUGCCCCAGAUCCUGUGAUAAACACAUGCAAUGGUUUUUAUUGUGAUUAUUUCUCUCCAAACAAACCUUAUAAACCCACAUUAUGGACUGAGGCUUGGACUGGCUGGUUCUCAGAUUUUGGUGGCCCGAAUUACCAAAGGCCAGUGGAGGAUUUAGCAUUUGCAGUUGCCAGAUUCAUUCAAAAGGGUGGCUCCUUUGUCAAUUACUACAUGUACCAUGGAGGUACCAACUUUGGAAGAACAGCUGGAGGACCUUUUAUUACUACGAGCUACGACUAUGAUGCUCCGAUUGAUGAAUAUGGCUUGAUAAGGCAACCUAAGUAUGAUCAUCUGAAAGAACUCCAUAAGGCUGUCAAGUUGUGUGAAAAAGCAUUGCUUAAUUCUGAUCCUAACAUCGUCAUUUUAGGAAGCUACGAAAAGGCACAUGUUUUCUCUUCCGAGUCAGGCGGCUGUGCUGCGUUUCUCUCGAACUAUAAUUUGAGGUCAAAUGCAAAGGUGACAUUCAAUAACAUGCAUUACAACCUUCCGCGUUGGUCCAUUAGUAUCCUUCCAGAUUGCCAAAAUGUUGUUUUCAACACUGCCAAAGUCGGACCUAAAGCAUCUCGAGUCCAAAUGGUGCCAACGAAUGUGAAGAUAGAAUUGUGGGAGACGUUCAACGAAGAUGUACAUUCGGUGGAUGACGAAUCGUCAAUGACCGUAAAGGGUUUAUUGGAACAGUUAAACAUCACAAGGGAUACCAGUGAUUAUCUCUGGUAUACAACCAGUGUACGAAUAAAUUCAUCCGAAUCAUUUCUUCGUAAAGGCACACCUUUGACCCUCAGUAUACAAACAGCAGGGCAUGGCAUUCAUGUAUUCAUCAAUGGACAACUUUCAGGAUCGGCUUUUGGGACUCAACAAAAAAGGAAGUUUUCUUUUACCAAAAACAUCAACCUACACCCUGGAGAGAACAAAAUUUCUAUUCUCAGUAUAGCAGUCGGUUUACCGAAUAUUGGUCCACAUUUCGAGACAUGGAACAUUGGUGUCCAAGGAUCAGUUGUUUUACAUGGGCUAGAUGAAGGAAAAAAGGACUUAACUUGGCAGAAAUGGUCAUACAAGGUUGGCCUUAAAGGAGAAGCCGAUAAUCUCGGUUCUCCGAAUUCUAUCCCAUCGAUUGUUUGGACUCGAGGAUCCUUGGAAACUCUAAAACAUCCAUUAACAUGGUACAAGGCGUUUUUCAAUGCCCCGGGUGGAGACGAUCCCUUAGCAUUGGACAUGAGUGGCAUGGGAAAAGGUCAAGUAUGGAUCAACGGCGAGAGCAUAGGCCGAUAUUGGACUGUAUCGGUUAAUGGUAAUUGCACUGGAUGCAGUUACGUCGGUGCAUUUCGUCAAACGAAAUGUCAUUUCGGUUGUGGCGGUCCAACUCAACAAUGGUACCAUGUUCCAAGGUCCUGGUUGAAACCAACCCGAAAUUCAUUAGUAGUUUUCGAAGAAAUCGGUGGAGAUGCUUCGAAGAUUUCGAUCGUAAAACGAUUGACGACAACUGACAAAUAACGAAACUAUACAACAUUAGGUAUAAUAUAUAAGCUUUGAAUGAUACAAUGCCAUUGACAUAUUUAUCCCAAAUCAAAGGAAAAACAAGGAUGACGAUGAUGACGACGAGGAUGAUGAUGGUGACAUGGUGUGACAUACCAUGCUACUUGUGUGUGUUUCUUUUGUGGGGUUGCUGAAAAUUACAUAUGGAGUUCAUGCUCGUUUAGUGUUUGGAUUCUUUUUUCCUUUUGUACCAGUUUUUUAGGCAACUUUUAUUAGGGGUCUCCUCAUUACUUUUCUAGUUUGGUUAAAAUAUGCCAUAAGUCCCUAUACUCUUCACCAAUUUAGAAUUUAGUCUCUGUAAUUUCAAGUUCAAUUGUUAAAAUUGUUAUUUGUCAAAUAAAAAAAAUUCUCACUUGGGCAA